AGCCAUCGGGAUAAGUGGCGGCAAGAUGAUUUUGAAGAGAAGACGUCCCGCUGUGGUCUUGGAAUUCCCACGAAAACUGCUCAUGAUAACGUAGUUCUUCGUCUUAUUUUUACUGCUCAACAAAUCAGAUGGCCACCUGAAACGAUAUCUACCAUGUCCCUGAGGAAGCUGAGACGGCUUGGGCUUGAGCCUGAGCUGGUAGACCGUCUUGAAAGGCAUAAAAAGUUGUCUUCUUGUCAGGAUAUUCUUGUGAAGGUCCAUCUUGAACUGCAGCACCUUACCAACCUGAACCACUCAGAUGUGCAGAAAAUUGUGACGGCUACAAGCAGAGCAUGUGCACCCACACCCACAACAGCCCUCCAGAUGAAGCAAGCAGGACUCAGCAGUGGCAGUGCUCCCUUCUUCUCCACAUCCUUACCUGGGCUGGACCAGGCUCUACAUGGAGGCAUACCAGCAGGCAGUGUUACUGAGAUAGCUGGACCGGCUGGCUGUGGCAAGACCCAGUUCUGUAUCAUGCUGUCUGUGUUGGCCACCCUGCCUUGCGAGAUGGGAGGACUAGGGGGCGCUGUUGUGUACAUCGACACUGAGUCUGCAUUUAGUGCAGAGAGACUUGUAGAAGUUGCACAGGAUAGGUGUCCACAUCACUUCAGCAAUGAUGAUGCCUUCUACAAGCUGACAUCACAGGUCUAUGUACACAAGACUCCAACCUGCAGUGACCUGUGGAACAGACUGCAGUCCUUAGAGGAGGAGCUUAUAGAGAAGAGAGUCCGUCUGGUGGUCCUGGACUCUGUGGCCUCGGUGGUGAGGAAGGAGUUUGACAACAGCCUGAGGGGGAACCUGGCGCAAAGGGUCAAGUUGUUAGCCAAGGAGGCUGCACUCCUCAAGUACCUGGCAGAGUCCCUCAAUAUCCCAAUUAUUGUGACCAAUCAAAUCACCACACGAUUCAAGGCAUCCUGGGAAGGUCCUCAUGUGCUGUCUGGUGACAUUGAUGCAGGAAACGGUGCUGGUGCGUCUGCAGCUGUAGAUGGUGGCUAUGUGACAGCUGCCCUGGGGAACACCUGGAGCCACAGUGUGAAUACCCGCCUCAUUGUGCAGUACCUGGAUGACAAGUACAGGGAGGUGAUGGUUGCUAAGUCCCCGAUUGCGCCCUUCUCCAGUUUUGUAUACACCAUACAGAGCAGUGGCAUUGUUUUACAAGAUGAUGAGAGAAUUUGGAAGUCAAGCGAGAGAGUAGCCACAGACCCUGGCCUCAUCCCCAUCAAAGUCCGUACCAUGUUGGGGCAGGGAGGAGGCUUGGUUGUGCCAUAAUCAUGUCAUGAGGGAGGAACAACAGGGACUGUGUACCGGUGUACCCUAAUACCCCUCCUUCCUGCUACAUGGUUCCCUUCAGCUGGAGAAAAAAAACAUGCUGCCAUCAGAAAGCCCUCAACGUUACAAGCACCACAAGCAGAGGUGUUCUAAGGCUAACAGGCACAAGUGCCUCGGCACCCUGGAUGCCAUCACUGAUGUUCUAUUUGGGGCAGCACAUAGAGGCUCGCUGAUGCUGAGUGCCUGUCUGAUCUCAAGAGACAAAUCAUGCAUCCCUCAGUUUGAAUGCAUGAUUUAGAAAUGUACAGUGUACCUCGACUGUUUUUAACAUGUUUGUUAGCCUGGGUGUGUUUUUGCGUCAGUUUCACCCCAGUUGACCUGUAUAAGUGACAUGGAAGCGUCUGUUUGACUAAGGCAGGGUGUGAUAAGUUCCUAGCUGAAAUGGCUGCUGCCAUAGUUACCUUAU